CGACCAACGAACCAACCAAGCAAGUAUUCUUUACUUUGUCUUCUUCUCUUCUUCUGUAGGACUAAGAUCCAUUUCUUCUUCCUUCUGCGCACUCAUUCUCUUCUCUAAGAGCUUAUAUUUGGAGAAUCGAUUGGAGAAAUUUAGUUACCUUUGAACUGCUAAAGAAAUUGGACGAUAAUGGCGGCACCGGUGGUGGAUGCAGAGUACAGGAAGGAAAUAGAGAGGGCUUGCAGAAACCUUAGAGCUCUCAUUUCCUCCAAGAACUGCGCCCCUAUCAUGCUCCGCUUAGCGUGGCAUGACGCGGGGACUUAUGAUGCUAAAACAAAGACAGGAGGGCCUAAUGGAUCAAUCAGGAACGAGGUAGAAUUGAAGCAUGCUGCCAAUAACGGCUUGAAAAUUGCAGUCGACCUAUGUGAGGAGAUAAAAGCUAAACAUCCAAAAAUUACAUAUGCUGACCUCUAUCAGCUGGCUGGUGUUGUAGCAGUUGAGGUAACUGGAGGCCCUACCAUUGAUUUUGUCCCAGGUAGAAAGGACUCUGUGGUUUGUCCGGAAGAAGGCCGCCUUCCUGAUGCUAAGGAAGGUGUAUCACAUUUAAGAGAUGUCUUCUACAGGAUGGGUCUUUCUGAUCAGGAUAUUGUGGCACUCUCUGGGGGCCACACAUUGGGUAGGGCUCAUCUAGAGCGAUCUGGUUUUGAUGGACCUUGGACAUAUGAACCUCUGAAAUUUGACAACUCAUAUUUCUUCGAGCUUCUGAAAGGCGAUUCAGAAGGCCUCUUGAAACUUCCCACAGAUAAAGCUCUGGUAGAGGACCCUGAAUUUCGUCGAUUUGUGGAGAUUUAUGCAAAGGAUCAGGAGGCAUUCUUCAGAGAUUAUGCAGCCUCACAUAAGAAACUUUCAGAGCUUGGAUUCAACCCACCUUCCUCUCGUUUCAAAUUAGCCCAAACUGCAUUUGGAGUAGCUGUUGCUGCAACUGUAAUCAUCUUGAGUUACUUCUACGAAAUUAACAGAAGAGCCAAGAGGAACCAUUUGGUUCUGUAUUAGGUUAGAACUGAUAUUCUCAUCAGCAUAUUCGUCCCGGUGGUGAUUAGAAGAAUCUGCAGUCGACACAUUGCUCUGCUCUUUACAAGGCUGAGGCUGCCAGACUGCUGAGGAACCCAGGAAUGCAUCAAACAACUUGCUCUGUUCUACCCUAUCUCCACCUUUAUUCAUCAUCUCAGACUCAAGAUCCCGGAGCAUUUGCUGAGCUCUCUCAUAAGCCUUAAGAUGUGAAUCGAUGCCUCUAGGGCCAUCAGCCACUGCUGGUUUGACUCUCCUGAGAUUCUCUUUGGCCUCAGCUAUUCUCCCUUGUUUCAUUAAACAGAUGCCCAAAUUGCACAUCUUAUUAUUGUCCGCUGCAAUCAAUAAUGCCCUCCGUACAAGCAAGAAGCAAAUUAGGAUGCAAUUGAAGUUCGGCACUGGAUCAAUACCAGUAAUCGGGUGGCUUCUUGCUCAACAGACACCUGAAAUUUCUUCCCUUGAGAUCUUGCUGUCUUUGUGCGCUUCCCGUUAAAGGCCAUUCCUUGUUGAAUUAAGUAUAACUUAUGCCUUAACAAUCCUAUCUGGUCAUCCAAUCUCCCACAUCUCUGGAAGAUCAUAUAUUUGAUUAUAAUGCUAACUUUGAUAACUGUAAUUAACUUUCUAAAUGGAAAUAAUUGACAGUAAAAGGAAGUAUUAUGCCUUGUAGAGGUCUAACAAGAUGUUGUCGAGAGCCUCUUGAGCUUGAUCAGAACACCGACUUCUUAGUGACUUAAUAGCUUCAAUAGCUUCUUCUGCCC